AUGCGUUCUCUUGCUGGUUUAGUUCUUUUACAAAGACCAGUGCAAUCAACAUUUUCCAUUACGCGCCUUCUUGCACGUCAAGGACAUGCAACGAUUGGAUUACGAGCGCUUAGUACAAGAGACGUACGACCGAGACGUGCAAUGCUUUAUGUUCCUGGUAGUGAUGAGCGCAAGAUAUAUAAGUCUAUAUCUAUCGGAGCAGACUGUGUGGUGUACGAUUUAGAGGACAGCGUGCCAAGCAGUAAAAAAGGAACUGCUCGACAUUUAGUACUGGAUGCACUCGAGGCUUCUGAGCAUGGCAAAGCAGAAAAGGCAGUACGGAUUAAUGCCAUUGGCUCAGGUCUCGAACUGGACGAUUUGAAUGUCAUUUUGCAUUCAAAAAGACUCCAGGCUAUUGUUAUUCCCAAGGUACAGAGUGCCAAAGAUAUCCAGUUUGUUAGUCGAAUGAUUGACUCGGUUGCAAUAGAAUCACAGCGUGAACGAAUUCGCCUGAUUGCCUUGGUUGAAAGUGCGCUUGGAAUAAUGAAUAUCAGAGAAAUUGCUACAGCAGAUCCUCGGUUAGAUGCUUUAAUCUUUGCUUCUGAAGAUUAUUGUGCAGAUGUAGGAAUUACUCGAACAGAAAGUCGUAAAGAAUUACUUUUUGCAAGACAGAUGUUAGUAACUGCAGCAACUGCAUAUGGGCUACAAGCAAUUGACUUGGUGUGUGUUGACUAUCAAGAUCAAAAGGUGCUUUUGGAGGAGUGUAAUGAAGGAAGGACAUUUGGAUUUGCUGGAAAACAAGCUAUUCAUCCUGGCCAGGUGGAGAUUAUCCAACAGACAUUCUUACCAGAUCCAGCAGAGGUGGAAAGGGCCACCAAGAUUAUAGAGGGAAAUGAGAUUCAUAAUGCCAAGGGUCUUGGGGCUUUUAACUUGGACGGAAAGAUGAUUGAUAUGCCUGUCGUAAAAUGGGCACAAAAAAUCCUCACUCGAGCCAAAGCGGGAGGCAUGGAUAUACCAAUUGCCAAGAUAUCAGGCGAUGAGAAACAAAAUAAGAAGAAGAAAGAAUAA